UAACAGGGCGAGGGCGUGAAUAGCAUGCCCUCGAAGCUCGAUCUCGUUCGAACUUCGAACACCAAUCUCUCUAUUGCGUCGGGUCUCUACCCCGGAGUCCAAUCCAAUGACCUCGAAGCUGAUUGCUUCCCAUCUCCGGCGACACCUUGCUAAUUCCACCCAUCAACUCCGCCGCCAGCUACUGUCUACAUCGGCGGCGGCGGCGGCGGCUGAGCCUCCACACCAUGAGGAUUCAACGGGAAUCACGAUGAAAGGUGUGAAAAUUUCUGGAAGGCCUCUUUAUCUGGAUGUGCAAGCAACUUCUCCUGUAGACCCCCGAGUGCUCGAUGCCAUGCUUCCUUACAGCAUGUCUCGCUUCGGCAAUCCUCACUCUCGCACACAUAUGUACGGCUGGGAAUCCGAUUUGGCUGUCGAAAACGCACGCGCUCAAGUAGCAUCUCUGAUUGGCGCCUCCCCGAAAGAAAUUGUUUUCACGUCCGGCGCAACGGAGUCCAAUAACAUAUCCAUUAAAGGGGUCAUGCAUUUCUAUAAGGACAAGAAAAGGCGCGUUAUAACGACGCAGACGGAGCACAAGUGUGUGCUUGAUUCGUGCCGUCAUCUUCAGCAGGAGGGAUUCGAUGUUACGUAUCUUCCAGUCGGGUUCGAUGGUAUCAUUGACCUGGAGAAGCUUAGGUCAGCUAUUAGGCCUGAUACGGGUCUUGUAUCUGUCAUGGCGGUAAAUAACGAGAUUGGGGUGGUUCAGCCUGUUGAGGAAAUUGGGAAAAUUUGCAAGGAAUUUAAUGUUCCGUUUCAUACCGACGCAGCGCAAGCGUUGGGGAAAAUUCCGAUUGAUGUGGAGAAGUGGAACGUAAGUUUGAUGUCCUUGAGUGGGCAUAAAAUUUAUGGGCCAAAAGGUGUUGGGGCAUUGUAUCUUAGGAGGAGACCGAGGGUUCGAGUUGAGCCCCAGAUGAAUGGUGGUGGACAAGAGAGAGGAAUUCGAAGCGGGACGUUGCCUACACCUUUGGUUGUGGGGAUGGGUGCGGCAUGCGAGCUGGCGAUGAAGGAAAUGGAGUAUGAUGAGAAGAGAAUUUCUGCUUUGCAAGAACGACUACUGAACGGUAUUAGAGAAAAACUGGAAGGGGUGGUGGUGAAUGGGAGCAUGGAGAGGCGCUAUGCAGGGAAUUUGAACUUGUCGUUUGCAUAUGUUGAAGGGGAGAGUUUACUGAUGGGGCUGAAGGAGGUGGCCGUCUCAAGUGGCAGUGCUUGCACUAGUGCGAGCUUGGAGCCCUCGUAUGUUUUGAGGGCACUGGGAGUAGAAGAGGACAUGGCUCAUACUUCUAUUAGGUUUGGUAUUGGCAGGUUCACUACAGAGGCAGAAAUUGACAGGGCAAUCGAGAUCACGGUUCACCAAGUGGAGAAGUUGAGAGAAAUGAGCCCACUUUAUGAAAUGGUGAAGGAAGGGAUCAACCUCAAGGAGAUUCAGUGGGCGCAACACUGAUAAUCUUGCCAUGAUCAUCACAUAGGGCAUUAUGGGACGUUAUGGAUUACGUGCCCUUGGACAGGAGAUAGUCAAAUAGAUUGUCUGCUCAACCAAAUAAGUAACUAUUGUUCAUUCAGGUAGCCUUAUAUAAAUGCCUUAGAAAGUACAGUUGCUGACUUGGUGUAAUACUUUCAAUCUUGGCUCUCACAUGGCAGAUGCUGAAAUUAGAGGAUAAUGACAUGAUAUGGAGUAUGUGUCCAUAGUCCAUAUUUGACAACAUAUCAAAAUUUGACUUUCUUUUCUUGUUUCAUUUGUAACUGAAUCUUUAUUUUGUAUGCCAUUUUCUAUUUCUUGUGAUUUA